AACUAAAUACUCUCCACUCGAUCACACACAGCAGCAACAAAAAGAAACAAAAAACUGUCUUCUUAAUCAUCAUCGUUCGUUAUGUUGAACUACCACUACUACGCUGCAACUUCUUCUUCUUCUUCAUUCAAUUGCCAAAACAUUCGAUUCACACCCCCUCAUAUUUCUUCCGGUUACACUUCCCAUCCCUCACUUUCUUUUCAAUAUCAUCAUCACCACCUCCAACAAACUAUUACUACUUUAUCGAAUGUUGUUUAUAAGUAUCAUAAUAAAACCCAUUUCAAUAUCUCCCCAAAAACCAAGGGACUCAAGGUGAGGUGUUCACAAAGUGAGCCAUUAAAGGUUAUGAUAUCAGGGGCACCUGCAUCAGGCAAAGGGACUCAAUGUGAGAUGAUUGUUCAAAAGUUUGGAUUGGUGCACAUAUCAACUGGAGAUUUACUUAGAAGUGAAGUGGCAGCAGGUUCUGAAGUUGGAAACCAAGCAAAAGAGUACAUGAAUUCCGGACGCCUUGUUCCAGAUGAAGUUGUCACAGCUAUGGUAAUUGGGAGACUAUCCCGAGAAGAUGCAAAAGAAAAGGGAUGGCUUUUAGAUGGUUUUCCGCGAAGUUUUGCCCAAGCACAAUCAUUGGAGAAAAUGAAGAUCAGACCCGACGUGUUCAUUCUUCUAGAUGUCCCUGAUGAAAUUCUAAUCGACAGAUGUGUUGGUAGAAGGUUGGAUCCUGAAACAGGAAAGAUUUACCAUAUUAAGAACUUCCCUCCGGAAACUGAGGAAGUCAAAGCAAGACUCAUAACUCGGCCUGACGACACAGAAGAAAAGGUGAAAUCACGUCUGCAAAUUUAUAAGCAGAAUGUGGAAGCAAUAUUAUCCACGUAUUCUGACCUUUUAACGAAGAUUGACGGAAACCGUUCCAAAGAUGUAAUUUUUGGUGAAAUGAGCUCUUUGCUUUUGCAAGUUCAGAAAGAAAGGGAGACGAGAAAGUCAGAAAAUGCUACUAAACUUGAUAGCCAAUUUAGCAAGUCACCUGCAACCAAGGAAAGCUGGAGAGGGAUUCCCACCAAUUUAAAUAACAUCCCUCAUUCCAGAGAAAUAAGGGAAUAUUUUUACGAUGAUGUGCUUCAAGCUACCCAAAGAGCUAUCAACGAUGGAAAAAUUCGAGUAAAGGUGGAGAUCAAUAUUCCAGAGCUGAACCCUGAACAGGAUGUAUAUCGGAUAGGUACUUUGAUGGAACUUGUUCGAGUUCUUGCUCUAUCAUUUGCCGAUGAUGGAAAGCGUGUCAAGGUUUGCGUUCAAGGAUCUAUGGGAGAAGGAGCACUUGCAGGGAUACCAUUGCAGCUUGCAGGGACACGGAAGAUUUUGGAGUUCAUGGACUGGGGUAGCGAUGGUGCAAUGGGGAACUUUAUAAACAUUGGUUCUAUAGGUGGCAAAGAGGUUGAUGAAGUAGAUGACAUCUUCAUCUUAGUGGCUCCUCAAAAUGCCAUGGGAAAUUGCAUCAUUGACGAUCUAAGGGCAAUGACUGAUGCUGCUGGCAGUCGUCCUGUCAUUCUUAUCAAUCCUAGGCUUAAGGAUUUACCGGCUUCAAGUGGUAUAAUGCAAACUAUGGGUCGAGAAAAGAGACUGGAGUAUGCUGCAUCUUUUGAAAUGUGCUACCAGUUCCGCCUUCUCUAUUUUCUAGGAACACAGUAUCCAAUUAUGGGUGCUCUGAGGAUGGCUUAUCCAUAUCGGUAUGAGUUGUUCAAGAGAGUAAAUGAGCCAUCUGGAAAGGAGAAAUAUGUCAUUUUGUCAACAUUUCCUAGUCGGCCAACUGGUGAUGAAAUAAACGAUGCAUUUGAAGGAAGAACAAGAGAUCAAGCUAAGAAGACAUCAGGGUUCUGGGGAUUCUUGAACAGCAUUCUUUCAACAUAGAAAGAUCUUGUUUGAACAAGAACAUCUACUCAAUUUUGAGAGCAGAACUUGCUCACUAAAUCUCUCUCUUCAGGCGGCAUUUGUAUAUCACGUAUAAAAUGUACAUUUCGUUUAGAUAUUGAAACUAUUUGUUACUAAAUUCUGGCAGUUUGAUCGUGUUUAAGUUCAUAAACAUUUUUCCAGUUA